AUCUAGUUUCGUAGUUAUUUUCAUGAUAUUUAAUUUUGUGAAGUUUUCUGAAUGUGGCGGUAUUUUUUUACAUUAACCACUGCAGUUCUUCUAACAUAGACUUGAUCUUAGCAUAUUUGUUUUUAUUCAAAAUGAUCCUCGUAGCUGUAUUUUGUAGAAUUUGAAAUUUUGAAAAUAUGUAUCCAUUCGCAGUAAACAAAAUAGUUGAAAAAUAUAAAAAUGGGGAAGAAUUAUGGUAUUAUACACCAUUAUCUGCAACUUCAGUCUCAUUAAUUCAUUUCCCAUAACUGUCGAUCCUGUGUUUGUAUCAUACCCGUACCUUCAAAACCCUGCACCUCUUAUGUUUAGUUCUUUCGAUUAUGUUUACAUGUUUUUUUAUACCUUCCCCUCACCAACCAACCAGGCCGACGCCCCUAAAGAUUCUCCAUUUGUAACCGCGCGAGCCGUCACCACUCGUACGGCGAUGACGCAUGAGGAUCUGGAAACUAACGCAAAGACGCAACAACUGGAAGAGAAGACGGUCGCGCGUUCGACCACGAAGAGCGCCACCAGGCAAGAACAACGAACCGUCACGCAGGAAGUCAAGACUACUAGCACUGUGGUUAGCGGAGAUCAGCUGGGCAGACGAGACAGCCUUAGUUCGACUAGCUCAGGUGAUUCAGGCACCCCCAUCGAUCCUCCUGACGAUCCGAAUCAUCCAUACUACAAUAGCCCCAUUUACAAGGAUGACAUACCAGGAGAGGGUAUUGUACAGACCGAAUCCGUGAUAUACCGCGGAGAUCCCACAGUCGUUCACUCUACCACAAAUGUUCCAGUGGUAGCUACUGAAUCCAGAAAAGUCAACCUCACCUCCGAUGAUGGAUCUUACAGUGCUACCGGCGAGAUAGUGAGCUCGCAGACCAUCAGUUCCAAAACUAGAACUGUUGAAACAAUCACGUACAAAACUGAAAGGGAUGGGGUGGUUGAAACAAGAGUAGAACAGAAAAUUACCAUCCAAUCAGAUGGUGACCCGAUUGACCAUGACAGAGCUUUAGCUGAAGCCAUUCAAGAAGCUACUGCUAUGAAUCCAGAUAUGACUGUGGAGAAGAUCGAAAUUCAGCAACAAACUUCUCAGCCUCAAUAAUAAAUAGACAAUGGAAUAUAUUCAGCAAGAAAUGUGAGGCAGCUUUGCUUGACGUUGGUAUUAUCUACAAUUUUUCGAAUUCAAGCUUCAUGAGAAUAUGUAUUUAUUUUUGUUUUUUUUUAUAUUCCAAAUUAUACACAAUGCUUCAAAGCGCUGCUAUUAAUUUUUUGUAUAUAAUUUAUCAUCACUUGCGUAUAUAUAUUGUAUGUUUGGUAAAUGGUCGCAUUUUUUUUAAUAUAUGUUUAUUUGUUUUUGUGUAUGACACAAAUUCACUUUUAAGAAUGCUAAUAUGUUAUAUAUUGUAAGUGUGUAGAUAUAAGAAUUUUUGUGACCAAUCCAGAAAGGAAACAAAACGCAUCAUAAGGUGCUGUAAAGUUACGAAUCUCAACUAGAAAAAAUCAGAUGUGUUCAGAGAGAAAUAUAGAUUUAACACAUUCCAGAUAUGUUAUUUUCUGUGAAUUAUACAUUUCAAGUUGCUUCAGCGAAAUAAGAUACUUCUUAAAAAAAUAUUGUCCUUUGCAGCAUUUGCCCUUCCCUUCCUAACGGAGUACAUAUAAUCAUGCGGUAGUGACAUUCUACAGUCUAGGACUUAUCUUGAAAAAUCAUCGUAAUGAGUGAAUUAACGUAAAUCAGCCUAGCAGUGCAGCGCUUUUAUGCUGAAUAGCAGGGCUGUAUUCGUAAAUUGGUGCAAAUUGUACUUUGUACUACUCUGUAACAAUUUUAGCAAUCGUAAUUGUUUGACGUACCUGUUACAUGCAUUCGGGAAUCGUAAUCCUUCUGGAACGUCAAAAGUGUGCUUUUCUUCCUGAGCUCAAAACCUGCUGUCACUUGUAAUUCUCAUGGUUCGUUGUUUGUUUAUUUUAUUUGGCUAUCAAAUACUGUUCAAAAUUGUCAGAAUAUAUAUCUUUCAUGAUAAAUGCGACCUCGUAUCGUUAGGGUCUCUUAUAAUAACUACAAUGGUCGCAGAGAACGUGGUUAAAAAUUAAUCGGCUGUCAUCAAGUGUCAUUACAUGUCUCUGUAAUAAUUUAGACGUUCUAAAACAAAAGUUUCACAAUAUUUCAGAGUAAAAUGUCAUCUGUCAAUCUAGAUUCCAUUACUGUGUACGGUAUUGCAUUGCCAAGUGAUUUACAAACGCACGCCACUAGAUGUAGAAUAACUUUGACAGUUCGCAGCACGUGAUCAACAUACGAUCCAAGUGAAAACUGACAAAACUAUCCCGAAGUUACUGCUAUUCAGCCUAAAAGCGCUGGUCCGCUUCAAGGUAGACGAACGCACUCAAUGUAAAGGCGUCUACUCGGUGGAAGUAGUUUUCUGCUCAUCGGCAACGACAUCUAACAUACUGGAAACCUCGGAAACAGGUUAAAAGUGCUUAUUGCACAUCACAGGUUGUUUCCAUAGUUGCUUUGGCAAAUGACCGGCACUGAUUGCCGGUGAGCAGAAACCCACUUCCAGUGUGUCGGCCUAAUAGCACAAUUUCAACGUAUGCCGUGUAAUGUGAUUAUAAACUACACUAAUAAUGCUAGCUGUGAAUAUUAGGCAAAGGGAGUAAAAUAUCUUACGGCAUUUGAAUUGGAUAAACGAGUAACAAAAGCAGCCUGAACUACCGAACAAAAAUAUACUAUUGGAACUGGCUUCUCGUACAGUUACAUACAUCCAAAAUGACUUCAUUUUACUGUGCAUUAUUCUGAAAAUCAGUGUUCUCAACUACAUCUUUUUUGUGCAUUUUUAGUCGUUUAUCCCACUCAUGUAUGAUACAUUUUUUAUGACAAUAAGUGCUGCUUAUUUAGAUGAGUAAUUAAUUCAUACUUGUUUGAAAACAGAAAAUUAAAAUAUAACCUAUAUGCUCUGUUAUAUCUAAAAAUCUAUUUAUAUGUAGAAUUAUUCGAGGCAAUAUGACAUAUAUAAUAUUGAGCUUAACAAUGUUACAAAAUUAUAAGGCUUAGAAUGGUCCUUUCUGCGAGACUUCUAAAAGCACUCUGACUGAUUUAAAUUAUGAUUUUGUGAAUUUCCCAUGACAUGAAAGUAGAGUCUGUAGUUUUAUGUAUGUGUUUGUCUUUUGGUAUACUUCCAUUCAACCGGAAAGUCACGAAAUGUUCAGCCUUGCAUUUUUCUAAACCGUUUUAGUGGUAGCUUCUGUACUAAUAAUGCAAUAGUUUUAGUUUUUAUAUACUGUUUAUGUACUACUCAGAUUUAUGGUAUUUCAAAAACUGACGUAACUUCAUAUUUUUUUCAUUUCAAAUAUUGAUAGAAUAUGGAUUUUAUGUUAGUUUAGCUAUAAUUUUUAUGCAAUGUAAUAGUUGUUUAUACAUAUUU